CGCGAUACGAGGUGGCGGGUCGAUGAGGCACUCGGUGCAGAUCUUGGAAGCAGUGGAUGUCUUUUGUUUCGUUAAACGAGAUUUGUUUUAAGAAAAUACAGCGUCGUACUAAUUUAUUCAUAGCAAAUUAGGUCAUUUCUGUAGACUAGUUAUUUCCGUAGACCGUCUUGUACAUUAAAGAUAAUUAUAAUUUUUGUAUUUGAAUGGUUGCUAAUACCACAAGUUAACUGUUUUCACUGUUAAACACAAACUGUUGUUUUAUUUUUCUAGCUAGCUAGAGCUCCUGACUGUGUUUGUGAACCAAUUCAACAUGGAGGAGUAGAAGCGGGUUGCUAACCCACCAAGCACGACACCAGAGAUUGCAUUAACGCGAUACACCUCAUCAAACCAGCCAGUUGAAUAAGUUUCGAGUGUUAAGCUACGUGCAACGUUGGUUCAUUACUCGUUAUACAGCCUCUUCUGGAGUGAGGCGUGUGCGAAUGGUGGUAUCUUUAUGCUCAUAUCAUGUAGCCUACAAGAAAUGCCCGUCUUCCAACAGGAUGUUUGGGCUAUCCAUUAACCGUGAGUGGAACCCGCUGGUUCCAUUGACUCUGCCCAGCCAAGAAUGAGCCAGUCUUCAGAACCCCCUAAUGAUGCUCCCACUGUUACAGAAGCCCCCCAGUCAGACACCAAGCUGGCAGCGACCACAGGGAAAAAGCAGAACAAGAAGAAGGUGGAGGAGGUGGUAGAGGAAGAGGAGGAGGAAUAUGUGGUGGAGAAGGUUCUGGAUCGACGAGUGGCGAAGGGCAAGGUGGAAUUCCUUCUCAAGUGGAAGGGUUUCUCAGACGAGGACAACACGUGGGAGCCAGAGGACAACUUGGACUGCCCAGACCUGAUUGCGGAGUUCCUGCAGUCCCAGAAGAGUGCUCACGAGCCCGGCAGCAAGAGGAAGGCCGACUCAGACACAGAGGGAGCAGUGGCCGGAGAGGAGAGCCGACCCAAGAAAAGGAAAGACGAGCCAGAGAAGCUCCGUGGGUUUGCUCGAGGUCUGGACCCAGAACGCAUCAUUGGGGCGACCGAUUCCAGUGGAGAACUGAUGUUUCUCAUGAAAUGGAAGAAUUCAGAUGAGGCGGACCUGGUACCGGCCAAGGAGGCCAACGUGAAGUGUCCUCAAGUGGUCAUCUCCUUCUAUGAGGAGCGGCUGACAUGGCACUCGUACCCAACUGAAGAAGAGGAGAAGAAGGACGACAAGAACUAGGCGAGGGAU